CCAAGAUGAGUGCGAUCAAAGCGUGACAUGUUUUCGAAACGACCGGAUAGAUAAAAUGGGAUUAUGGCGAAUACGAGCCAAAAUGAGAACAGUGAAAUAUCAAUAGAUUCUUUAUCAUUAGAGGAUAUAUUAGUAGCUUUUAACAAUGCUGUCAAUGAGGAACAGGCUUGGUCAGUGUGUUACCAAUGUGCACAAUUUUUUCAAAACUUCGAAAGUCAAUCUCUGGAUGAUUGUCGUUUCAAGUAUCACGAAUUGUAUAAAUAUGGAAAACGUGCGUUAAAAUUUAAUAAGGAUGGUGCUGUGUUCAUAGAAUAUUCAGAGAUUAGUCGAGGUACUGGAAAGGGUCCUCCUGGAAAGUUAAAAAGGAAGAAUUCAGUAACAGGAAAAGAUAUACAAAUAGUCACAGAAAAUGAUGCAAUACAAGCCCUUGGUCUAGUUAUAUACCAAGCAUUAGAUUAUGGACUUGGGGACAAUGAGGAGCGCCAUCUGGGAAGAGAUUUGGAACAUCUUUUGGAGUUAAUGAUAAAUCCUGAUGAAGAAGAUGAAACAUUUAAUGCAGAUGACGAAGGAAUAGAGAAAGAUGCUAAAGAAGGGUGUACGUUUCAGGAAAUCACAGUGUUGUGUGUAAGACAUCUAACAAGUCAACAAGAUGCAGGUUAUCAUUAUAAAGCUGUGUGUAGAGCCCUGGCAGCUGAGGCGGCUGAACUUCUACUGUUUCUAGAUAAAGUUACCAGGGAAAAUAAAAGGUUUAUAGAGACACAGCUUGAUCAGGAUCUCCAGAAGCUUGACAAUUUACAGAGAGCAGAUUGGGCCAGAUUAUGGGUACAGAUGAUGAGGGAGUUAAGACAGGGUGUCAGGUUAAAGAAAGUAGAACAUAUCCACCUGCCACCAGUUGAGUUUGAACUGACUCCAUUUGAGAUACUAUUGGAGGACAUCAGAACAAGGAGAUAUACACUCAAUAAAGUUCAGGUAAAUGGUGACAUACCAAAUACAGUCAAGAGUGAUGCCCAUGCUGUCAUGUUAGAUUUCAUCAGAUCACGGCCACCAUUACAACCAGCAAAAGAUAGAGUACUGAAAUCACCGCCAAAGAGAGAGCUUUCAGUUAGGGAACAAUUGUUACUACAUAUAAGAUCUCAACCACCUAAAUUGAAAUCCAUUAGUGAGGGCCAGCAUGUUGUUGAGACAUCCAGAACCAAGUUAGAUAAUAACAAUGAGAAUGAGAAUCCUCAACCAGUUCGAAAAGUCAUCAAACCUGAUUUCAAUCUGCUGCUCGAUAGCUUUGAGGAUGAUGAGGAUGAUGAUAGUGGCACAUUGAGUCCUAGAUCUAGAAGAUCAAGUGUUGCCACACCUUCUCCUGAACAAGAAGUUCCUCAGUGGAGGAGAACUGUUGUAAGAGAUGUAGUAACACAGGAAAGACACAACAUACUGAAAAGACGAAAUACAAUAACAGUAUGUGAAUCUCCCCAGGUAUCUCCUACUUCUCCUGUCGAGAAUGAGGCUUCUUUAAAGCAUCGUGAGCAUGAAUCAAAAAUUAAACGGAGUGGCCCUGUGUCUAAAUCUAAUGCAUGUCCAAGUGAUUUACGCAAACGUUUGAAUGACAAAUUGCAUGGGUGUUCUAGUGUUUCUCGGUUACAUACUCGUCGCAUGCAUGGUUCAAUAUCUGAAGUUCCGUCCGAAUCUGAUAACAGUGAAUCUAUUAUUGAUGAACAAAAGACAGUGAAAAGUGAAUCUCAAACAAUGGUUAGAAGAGCAUCAUCAUCUCUUAGUAGGAUGUCCUCUUCUACACUGAACAAAGUUAAUUCUGUUGACAAUUCUAGAGUCAGACGAUCAAGUAAUAGAACAAUGAACACAAAUGAUUCUGAUGCUGCAACACAAAAUGGUAGAAGCUUAAUCAGAGUUCAAAGAAAACUUUCAAACAGUGAUGAAAAUUCAUCCGUACAAACUAAUGAGAGUAAAGUAAGAGUGCGGAGAAAAAUAUCAGACUCUGGUCAAGAUUCAGUUCAGGUCGUGAAAAACGUGAGCGUUCAUAGAAAACUGUCAAGCAGUUCUGAAAUUUCUCCUUUGCAAGCUGCUGAACAAAAUAAAAGAGCACAAAAACUUUUGGACAGUGAUGAAAAUUCAAAGCAAAGGACUGAAAAUAUUGUUGCAAAGAAAACCCAAUUACCAGACAGUAGUGAGAAAAACAAAAUUAUACAAAGAGCAACUUCUUACAGAAUCAGACAACCAGUUUCUCAUGAGCUGUCUGAAGAUCACGAUAACAAUAAAUCGUUGGAAAAUAAGUCUCAACGACCUCAUUCACCAAAAAUAAUUAUUCCGAAACGAUCUUCAUCACCCAUAUCUCACUCAUCACCAUUAUCACCAACUUCACCGACAAAAACGCAUGUUUCAACGUGUUUUGCUGGGCUAACUGAAAUAUCGUCUUCCCCUAUUAAAAUGCAUGUUUCUCCAAGUUCUAAAAAGGAGCAUGAAAACGCAUGUAUGAAUGACUCUGAAGAAACUGAAAUUUCAUUAGGAAGAUCACUUCCCAGUCGUAGAAUUCUAGUAUCAAGAAGGAGUUCUAUGCCUGUCAGUAAAUCUUGUAAUGAUCUUGAUGCAGAAUCUCCGCAGCCUGAAAAUUUACACAGAACACAAAGUGUGCUGGAAAUUGAACCUGAAAAACCAAGACCAAAACCUAGACCAAGACUUUCUAUUAAGAGGAAUAGUCUUUCUCCAGGAGAUACACAAACUGACAUUUCUCCUUCAGUGCCAAAAACUGAAUCUCCAGCAGAAAUAACACCAAAGGAGGAAUCUGCUGUUAAUCCACCAAAACCAGUGCCAAGACCCAGAACAAAACUAGUGCAAAGAUCACAGAGUCAGAGAACUUCUGUCAGACAUUCUUUAGACUUGACACAAUUACGUGCAAUAAAUUCGCCUGACAACUCCAUUUUAGAAAAUGGAACAGACCAGGAAGAAAUUGUAAAUAAACCAUCUUCUCCACGGAGAAGUUACAGGUCAGAAACACCAGAUCCAUCAAUGUUGGGAGGUGAAUCCUCUCCAAGGUUAUCUGAAUUAAAUGUAAAUGAACUGUUAAAUGUAAGUGCUCCGAGUGUUCAGGAGAGAGAUACUAACAACAGUAGUUGUGCACCUCCUUGCCAAGACUCUAGCUCUGAAUCUAAGUGGCAGCAUCCUAUAGAAUGCCUGUCAUUAACUUUGGAAGAAGUGAUGCAUAUCAGAACAGUGCUAACAAAGGCAGAGCUGGAAUCAUUGAUUAACCAACCAGAGUUCUAUAGUAUGGUGUCUAAAGGAAAGGUGUGUUUUACCUGUAAGGAAGUGAAGUUCUCCAUUUUAGGUCAGUGGGGAAACAGGUGUAAAAUCUGCAAAAGAAACGUUUGUAACACCUGUCUCCGCAAGAUGAACAUUCCCACAGAACAUUUCCAAAAUAUACCUGUACAUACACUUAGUCCUAUACCCCUUGGUCAAGAAGCUUUAGAUAUACUCAAAGUCUAUGAGAGUACUGGAUCAGUUCCUCAUUCUCCACUAACACAGAAAAAACUUUUACGUGAGAUAGAAAACAAAUCCCCAAAGAAAUCUUUACAGAGGUCUCAGACGUUUAAUUCUUCUCCUAACUUAGCAAGUCCAUUACCGAACAAAAAUUUACUUAAAGGACCUCAAAUGAAUGUGUGUUGUGAAUGUAAAAAGAUGAUUAUGGAUAUUAUACGAACAAGUCGGACUUCUAUAGCUCUGAUAAAUAAAAGAAAAACACUUCAAUCAACUACAACUAGCAACGAAGAAAAGAGACCAUCUUCUUUAUCAGCAUCCUCACUGUCUCUUAGUGUCAAAAAUUUCUUCACACAGAAAUAAAAUUUAUACAAAGUACAUGUGUACAAGUGUGUUAUAUAUUUGUUAUAUAAAUUUCAAAAUUACUACUUAAAAGGUUUCAAUCAAAUGCUUCUGUUCAAGAUCAAAGCAUUCAUAUUAUAUGCUUAAAAUAUUUUCGUUUUAAUUUAAAAAUAAGUUACAUUUAUGAAUCUUGUUAAAAGUUAUUUACUUAGAAUCUCAGUAUUUGAAGUUAUCUGUUUUGUGGCAGAAUUAUAAAUCUCGGAUUAUCUAUAAAACCUUUUUUUUAAAGAAUUCCUUUCACUAAAGAUCUUGCAUUCAAACUUUAUAUUAAUUUCUUUACAAAUAAUUUAGAACUUGUACCUGUCUUUCAUUGGCCAUUUGAUGAGUAUCUAUUUUGUUACAUCUAGCAAACAAAUAAUGUACAACAAAUUAAUAUUUAUAGCAUUUGACCAUGCUGUCAAAUCCUACAAUGUGAAAAAAUCAAAGUAAUGUGUCUCAUAGAUAUCAACCAAAUUAGUUUAAUCAGUAUUAUACACUUGUUGUAUCUUUAUACUAUAAUUUAUAUCUUACUAUUAAAUAUUCAGGAUUAAUGCCACCAGUUUGUGUCCAGUAUUGAUCUGUUAUGAUGAAUAUUGAACCAUUUCAAUACCUCAUUCUGAAAUCUUUUUUUUUUCUUUGUUCGACAUUUAUUGCAAAUGUUAUCAACUAACCAGAUCUAACUCAAAAUUGUUUGUACGAGCAAUAGUUUUUACAUUUAUAUUGUCAUGGGAUAUUAAUUUUGUAAGAAAAUCACGUCAUUGUCCUGAAACCACAUACUUCAUAUAAAAGUCCAUGUACUUAUAUGGUGACACAUUAAAGUACUUUUUUAAAACUUCUCCUUUAUUGCAAUUGUUAUUCAUUAUCCCUUUAAAAAAUCAUAAAUCCACGGAGGAGUAACAUACUUCUUAUGCUAUUUGAGUAUUGGAGCUGACCGUGAGUUUCAAAAUGCAAUUUCAUAGGCACUACUGACAAAUUGUUCAGUAUAUUUAGUACAGUGUUGUAUAUAUAUAUAUAUAUGUAUGUUAAAAAGGCCAUAAUGUAUAUUAGUUCAUUGCACUGUAAAAUUAUCAUUCAAAUCAUGGUCAUAAAUUUUAUUUGCAAAGACUAUUUAUUUAUAUAUGGUUGAUCAUUGCAUAUAGUUGUGUUUUAACAAUGUAAAAAGUGAUGCUCCAUUACAAUAUUUUUAGAAGUAAAUAUUUAGGAUCUUUUAAUUUAUUAUUUGAAUAUAAAAUAGAAUAAUUUUGUGACAAUAUUGAAAGAAUUUGAACUAAAAGAUCAUAUAUAUUCUAAAUCUGAAUUUAAACAUUUUUGUAAAGAGAUUGACAUUUUUUUAUUCUAAUAAUGUCAAAAUGUCUGACAUUGAAUCCUUAUUUUAUUUUGCCAUUAUAUGGAUCCCCUGUUUCAUUUAAUAUCAAUUACUAAAUCCUACUAUGAGGGAAUGUUUUUGAUUGGUUCAUUUUACAAUCACAUGACAUUGACAAUUGAAAGAUUUCCUUUGACAUCCUCACAAAAUACCUGCAGAGGGUUACAAUAGUAUUAUUACCCUAAUGACAACCCAAAUUUCCUCCACAGGGUGAUAAUCAGAAGUAAUAGUUUAGUUUAAACCUUACCAGUAAACUCAUUUUACAGUUAGACACAUACAUGUACUCCUCACCAAUUAGGAUGCUGAAAUAAGUUAAACCUUAAAGACGCUCAUGCAUAGUGGUAGUCUAGGAACCAUGUCUUCAUCAAUGUCCUGCUUGGUUACUAUCUCAUUCAAGUCAAUUUAAUACAGAGAUAUAAUUAUUAUGGAGGCAGGCAAUUCAAUACAAAGAGGGUGGCAAUUUUGCAGAUUUUACCAACUUGAAUGUAUUAUUUCUUUCCAAUUGAAAAUAUUUCAAAUUUUAAUACAAACAGAAAUUUAUUCCUCUCCAAAUAAAGUUAUCCAAUAGACUAUAUCCUUAUUUGGAAAUCUGUGACACUACAACUGUGAUUUUGUGACACUUGAAAUAUUGAUGUCAUAAAACAAUCACUUUACUUUUGUGGCAUCAGACAUUUUCUAUUGUGUGGUCAAAAUUUUACAAACCUUUGUAAUCUCCAGUAAUGGCAGACAAAUAGGGAUAAGGUGUAUUUAUAGAAAUAACCAGGAUCAUAUUCAAUGACUUUAAAUAUUGUCACAAGAUAACUUUUAACAUUACAUUUUGUCCAGCAAUAAACUUAGUUUUAACAUUAGAAGCAUAAUGUGAUAUUGUAACCAUCCAUCUGGUUGUGAACUUUGUUCUUUUAUAAACACAGUAAACGUAGAAUUAGUUAUAAAAAACUUUAAGGUGGAAAAACCAAAAUAAGCGGUGCAAGUCAAUUUAAUUUUCAGAAAUUUAAAGAUAUUUUGGAUUUUUUAUAUUAUAUUAAAAAUUACUAUUCUUAUUGGUGCUUUUAAUUUGAAAAUUGCAUGCAGUGCUAAGUCUGCAAUGACAUACUUGAAAAAAAAGCCCUGUGUAAUUGUUCGGGAAAAUUAUUGAUUUGUAUCAUGUGAUGUUAAUAUACUAUCUGUUAGAUACUGCUGUCAUUGUAUGGUGCAUUGUUACACACUUCAGGAUACAUUUACCAGAGGUUUGUGUAUUGUUACACACUUUAUGGUACAUUUACCUGGAGUAGGCGUAAAAAAAAUUAAUGCUAAGUGCAUUGUUAGUUCUUAAUAUUAGUUCCAGAACAAGAGGGAUAAAAAAAAUGGCUUUAUAACCAGUUUUCAACAAUUUCGUUUAUCAAUUUCAAUUAUUUUUCUUAUUUUCUUUUGUUUUAAAUAUCCAUAUAAAUGAGUUACUGCUUAAUACUGAAAAUCUGUAUUCUUUUUUUUUAAUGCUGCUUUAUUUACAUAAAAAAAUUCAAAAAUAGUUUGUAAAAUAAAAUUCUUUUUUUUAUAAAAAUAAAAUUUUUGUUUACCAUAUAAAUUUCAAACAAAUCAUUUAUAUUUACUAAAUGAAUCAAGUAGACUUAAAAAGUAAUGACAGCUUUUAAAUUUGAAUUACACUUCUGGAUAGAUACUGCCUAAAAUCAGACAGAUAUAUUGAGAUAUGUGUUAUAAAGUUUAUGCUGAAUUUCAGUAAAAUUGAUAAAUUUAUUCCAUUUUUUAAAUGGAAAAAUUGUGUUAUUACUGUGAUAAUCAGAAUUGUUAUAUAAGGCAAGCUUUGAUAUAUUAUGUGGUUUACUUCAUCAAGUUGACCUUUAUCCAAUUUAACUGGAAUGAAAUAAUAAAAUAAUAAGUAUGAA